AUGAUUGCGGAAAAGGAUAAUCGCCCGAUGGACAUUCCGUCUUCUCCACUAGGCACCUCGGAGGGGAGUUUGUAUGAGGACUCAACGCCUCCUACGACUCCAGCUUCAAGUCCUUUAUUCGGUGCCUCCAAGGGAGACGACCUCGUCUUGUCAAGCUUUCCGUCUCCAUCGGCUACUUAUAAUCUCGGCUCCGAGCAGAAGGUACACGACAUUCCCAGCGUUGCUGCACUUUGGAGGCCCUCGGCGGGACUGGUCCAAAAUGUCUGCGUCGUGGGCGCGGGGUAUGUAGGUGGGCCGACCGCUGCAGUCCUCGCGCUCCAUAACCCGUCCAUCGCAGUUGAAGUCGUAGAUCGAGACCCUCGUCGCAUUCAGAGAUGGAAGUCACCACAUCUUCCCGUCCAUGAACCAGGCCUGGGCAAUGUUGUCCGCGUAGCGAGGGACGGCGCAGAGUUUGUCACUUCGAGUGCUUCUAUUGCAGCCAUAUUAGGGGACGUGAAGCGGAAGCCCAACCUAUUCUUUACAUGCGACUCAGCUCGGAGCAUCUCUCGCGCUGAUAUGGUCUUCCUUGCGGUGAACACGCCCACCAAGUCGUUUGGGUUAGGCGCUGGAAGAGCGACUGAUAUGACGGCUGUCGACGAGGCUGUGCGAGAGAUUGCGCAACACGCAAAACCUGGCGCAGUUAUCGUGGAGAAGAGUACGGUGCCGUGUGGCACAGCUCAGCGAAUCCGCCAAAUGUUCGCCUCCCUUCGACCAGACGUCCCCUUCGAGGUUCUCUCCAAUCCAGAAUUCCUUUCCGAAGGCUCAGCCAUCGACAACCUCGUCAAACCUGACCGUGUCCUCAUCGGAUAUUCAGAAACACCAGCAGGUCGCCGUGCAGCAAACAUGCUCGCAAGUCUAUACUCCACCUGGGUACCCGCAUCACGUAUCCUUGAAAUCAACUCCUGGUCUUCAGAGCUAUCCAAGCUAGUAGCCAACGCCAUGCUCGCCCAACGCAUCAGCAGCAUCAACUCUAUCAGCGCCAUCUGCGAGAAGACCGGCGCCGAGGUUGACCAAGUCGCCAAAGCCGUGGGCAUGGAUACACGUAUUGGACCACAAUUUCUCAAGGCCGGGCUGGGAUUCGGCGGAUCCUGCUUCCGCAAGGACAUCGCCAGCUUGACAUAUCUGGCUGAGUCCCUGGGGCUGGACGACGUCGCGCAGUAUUGGGAUCAGGUCAAUGUCAUGAAUGUACUGCAGCGGAGCCGGUUCGCCAGGAAAGUUAUCGAUCGAUUCGAGGGCAAUCUGCAGGGUCGUAAGAUUGCCUUGCUGGGCUUUGCAUUUAAGAAGGAUACGGGAGAUACGCGCGAGUCUUUGGCAGCUGAUGUGGUCCGGCUUUUGAUGGAGGAGCGGCCGAUGGAAAUCGCGAUUUAUGAUCCUUACUGUCAGGAAGAGGAUAUCCUCCGGGAGCUGGAAAUGGCACAGGCUAAUCACUCAGAGAAGAAGAGUGUCGUGAAGGUUCUUGCAGAUCCUUACCUGGCUUGUUCGCAGGCGCAUGCUGUUCUGGUCAUGACGGACUGUGACCAGUUCAAGAAUGUUCCUGCUAACCCUCGCGGUCGUUCGUUGUCGAUCUGUCAGACAUCUGUUGCUCGAGCAGACCAGGAGGUAUAUGAUAGCCUGGCUGAGGUGAUUAUGUCUCCUGCUAAACCAGAAGAGGAGACUUGGGCUUUCAAUGGAAUAUCCUACCGUCUUGUCCCGCAAGAGGCUUGUGCCGCUAAUUGUGCAUCUUGCCGCUCGAUAUCGAGCCGACCUGCAACGGCCGAACCGCUGGAGUGGGCGCGUAUUGCUUACAACUUGAAAGAGCCCAAGUGGGUGCUUGACGGCCGGUGUUUCCUGGACGUACGGGAGAUGGAGAAAUUAGGCAUUCAACUGGAUACUGUUGGACGGCGGCCUGGUGCAUCACAAUCGAACGAUACUACUAGCGUUGGGAUUUGA